GCCGUGGCUGCCGGACGAGCUUGACCUCUGGGUGGCUGAGGCUGAGUGCAGCCCGAGUUCGCUGAGUGUGCGGUGCUCCGCCCCCAAAGACGCGAUGGAUUUGUUCAGUCAUCGGAUCUGGUAGUCAGCAGAUCUUGUUGGGUGCUGCGGCAGUAGGCGGGCAGUAUAAGACUCUGAUGUUCGUGUUGUGACGCUCUUGUCUCAUUCACACAUCAACGCGUAUCCCGUAUCCCGUACUCGCCCCCAAUCUUACGUCAACCACCCCUCAAUCGACCCCUCAUCAGCGCAACACCAGCGUCUAAUCACCUUUCCUGACCUACAAACACACAAGCAUCAUGUCUGGCCCGUACGAUCAAUACAACCAGGGUUACCAGCAAUACCCGCCUCAAGGCCAAUACCCUCCCCAACAACAAGGCUGGGGACCACAAGGUGGUUACCAGCAACAAGGCCACCCGCCUCAACAAGGCCAGGGCUACUACGACCAGCAACAGCAGGGCUACCAGCAGCAAGGCUAUAACCAGCAGUAUGGUGCGCCUACUCACGGCGGCUUCCAGCAUGGGCAGCAAGUAGCGCCAUACGACCAGCAACAGCAAGGAUACGGCCAGCAACAACAAUAUCCUCCACAAGGCCAAUACCCUGGUCAAGCGCCAUCAGGACAGUUCCCGCAGCAAGGCGCAUAUGCCGCAGACCAGUACCCACAGGGCCACAAUGCCUACGGCCAGCCGCAGCAAGGACAGCAGUACGGCGCCACAGACCCCAAUAUGCAGGCUGAAGGCGACCGAGGCCUCAUGGGUGCUCUAGGUGGCGGUGCAGCUGGCUACUUCGGAGGCAACAAGAUGGGCGGUCACGGCAUUAUUGGUGCCAUAGCAGGUUCCAUCCUUGGCUCAAAGUUGGAGGACAAGCACAAGAAGCCCAAGCACGGCAACGGCUACCACUAGAAGGGCAAGACAAGAACGAAGUCUUUGGGUUAAUGUCUUUUGUUUUAGUUUAGUAAUGGGUGGCUUGCUCUCUUUCACGGCGCUUUGAAUGACCGUUACGACUUUGGGGUGUUGGGUAUGCGCAUUAGGCAUCUCUAGAAUGAACGGUAGUCACGAAUCAAUACAUUUCUGAUAGACGCUACGA